GACCUCUCGCGCGACAACCAAUCGCGGCGGGGGAGGGGGCUUUUCCUCCUCGGCCAAUGGAGGAGGCGUAUUUGAGGACCCGGCGCGGAGAGAGCCUGGCGCUUGUCGCGGAACGUCGGUAGACACAACUGCUGCAUCCUUCGGAACAGAAUCCUGCAGAGAAGCUACAGGUGUGAUGUUCCAGAACUGAACGAUGGCAACUAACAACAGUGUUGGCAUACUGAAUUCUGCUUACCUGGCUGUAGAAUAUAUAGACUCUUUCUUGCCUGAGAACCCGCUACAACAGCCAUUUAAAAAUGCUUGGACAUAUAUGCUGAAUAACUACACCAAAUACCAGAUUGCAACCUGGGGAUCACUUCUCAUUCAUGAACUUUCCUACUUUUUAAUAUGUGUGCCUGGAUUUAUCUUUCAGUUUAUACCUUACAUGCAAAAGUAUAAAAUACAACAGGAUAAGCCAGAAACCUGGGAAAGGCAAUGGAAGUGUUUCAAGACACUUAUGUUCAAUCACUUUUGUAUUCAGUUUCCUCUGAUACUUGGUACCUAUUACUUCACAGAAUAUUUUAAUAUUCCUUAUGACUGGGAAAGCAUGCCAAGAUGGUAUGCGCUACUUUCUCAAUGUUUUGGAUGUGCUGUGAUUGAGGAUGCCUGGCAUUAUUUUCUGCAUAGGCUGCUGCAUCACAAGAGAAUAUACAAAUACAUCCACAAAGUGCAUCAUGAGUUUGUGGCUCCAUUUGGAAUGCAAGCUGAAUAUGCACACCCUCUAGAAACCCUUAUCCUUGGAACUGGGUUUUUCAUUGGAAUAAUGGUGUUUUGCAAUCACGUGAUUCUUCUGUGGGCAUGGGUGGUAUGUCGCUUGCUGGAGACCAUUGACGUCCACAGCGGCUACGACAUUCCUCUGAAUCCAUUGCAUUUGGUGCCUUUCUAUGCUGGGGCUCGUUUCCAUGACUUCCACCAUAUGAACUUCAUUGGCAACUAUGCUUCAACCUUCACGUGGUGGGAUAAACUGUUUGGUACAGACUGGCAGUACAAUUCUUACAAAGAGAAAUUGGAGAAACAAGGGUGCAUGGUGGAAAAGAAGACCAAAUAAAUUUCCCAGCAGAAAUAUAAGGGGGAGCACCUGACAAAUGCACAUAACUACCAUGAACUUUUGGUUAAGCCUGGAAGAUUUAACACCCGCUGCAAAUUCAAAACUAUGUGAUGCUUUUAACUGGAGCCUAAGAACAAGCCUGCUGAGCCCUAGCUGUGUGCUAGGGGAAAUGACCAUAUCUUCCUAAAAUGAAUGCAUUUUCUAUUUUAUACGUAAGUGAAGCAUAUAUAUUUAAGUAAAGGUUAAAGAUGAAGGCCACAAAUUUGAAUGUUUGUAAAGAACAAUGUAUCCAUUUAGAAUUCAAAGUUUGUAAAAGAAUAAGGUUUCCAUUAGAGUUGGAUAAAACUGUUUGUAACGCAUUUGGAUAUAUGAAGUUACGUUUCUUCUGAAGCAUACCCAUAAAAACUGGUUUAAUGA